AACGUCACUCUCGAUUCUACGCCAGACGCGGAUGCUGAUAGGUGAACGUGUUAAUUUGUAUUCCUGAUACAUACCAGAAAUUAUAUGGAUUUUGAAUAUGCUUUCUUACCUAUAAAGCGCAUGUGAUAAUUUGCUAGCUUUGUGCACCUACAACUGUGUGGGUUGGAACAUCACUCCUCCGCUUUAAGAGACACGGCAUCUUUUACUCUAUUCGAUCAAGACGCAGGCAGUGGAGGAAUCCUGUCUUUACACCUACGCCCAUCUUCGUCACACGCGACCCUCUCGAGCUAUUCUGGGCGAUUCCCUUGCCUCUCGCGCUCUUGACGUCAAACAGGGCAUUCUCUCCGUUUUUAUGAUCUUAAUUAAGUCAGCGUGCUUUUUCUCUCAUUGGUGUACGCGUUUAAGAUAUUCUGUUUAAAAUGUUAAUUACCUAAUGUGAGGAAAACGUACAGACUAGUGGAUCAACUGCGAAAUUCGUAAGAUAACUAUGCAAAAAUGUGCCCCCAAGAUAUUGCACUUGACAUAACGCCUGUGACGUCUGAAACAAUGGGAAACUAGUAACCUGCUACAAAAAUACAAUGGGAGACCAAGAUGGGGCUUACCGUUCUUUUAUUAAACAUCCAAAUUAAAAUUUUACAUCAGUGUUAAAGGAUGUGUACCCGUCAGCCAUUAUCCUUCGUUCGCAGCCAGAUAAAUAACAAUAAGCACAGCUAAUAAUAGUGUUUAAUAUAAUUUGCAUAACUUGUAUGAUAGGCUAAUAUUUGUAUUUAGAACCGUUGUAUUUAGUCAGUUGUAAGGACUAAACAUAGGCUACGAAAUACUGUGCAAAUCAAGCAGGUUUACAACGUCUGUGUAUUCUUCAUAAGCAUAUAUUAUAUUAAGCUGACAAUAGGUUUCGCAGACCGGUGAUUGAAAAAAAAACGAACCGGCACGUAGCCAAUAGCCUACAAGAGCAUUUUUUUCUCAGCACGGAGUCAGAAAAAGAUGCGUCCGUUGUUCAGGGGGGCGGGGGGCUUUUCAGUGUAGAACGUAGAACUGAGAUCUCUCUCUCGUCAUACCGGCGCUGCGAAUGCUAGAUUUUUCUUCUCCGUUUUAUAAACCUCUUGUGGUAUUUAGAGUUCUGUUCCCGUUCCUAAUUAUUCUCUGGCGCUUCCAGUCAUUUUAUCGGAUAGAUGUUAAAUUGUAAAUAGACUCAGAAGCCUACGCGGACAGUCGCUGUAGCCUAUUCGAAGAGCGUCACAUCCAGGAGUUUGGUUUACCUUGUUUUGACUGGGGCGACUCGCUAGCAACGCAAUUGACAAUACGCCGCAGCUGCUCAGAAGUAGUGGGGUAAUUCUGCGUGGGCCCGCCCCCACCGUUCAUCUGCCAUCCUGCCGCUGGUCUAUGGCUGUAGCGUGCUGAGGAAGCAAACCCCCGUCCCAGCCGCCCAUCGCCCCCAUCUAUCUGCCCCGCUCCUUCCCUUCGUCCCGAUGGGCUCCCACAGCCAGGGGUUCUUCCACCAUCACCAUCAUCACCACCACCAUCACCGCAGCUCGGUCGUGCCCAGCGGCAUGCCCCGGCUGGUGCCCGAGUCCGGCGGGGGCGUGCUGGGCGGCAUUGCCCAGAUCACGCCCUCCCUCUUCCUCAGCCGCGGCAACGUGGCGUCCAACCGGAGCCUCCUGCUGUCCAAGGGCAUCACCUGCGUGGUCAACGCCACCAUCGAACUGCCCAACUUCAACUGGCCGCACGUGGAGUACGUCAAGGUGCCGCUGGCGGACAUGCCGCACUCGCCCAUCUCGCUCUACUUCGACAGCGUGGCCGACAAGAUCCACAGCGUGGGGCGGGGCAAGCGCGGGGCCGUGCUGGUGCACUGCGCCGCCGGGGUCAGCCGCUCCGCCACCCUCUGCCUGGCCUACCUGAUGAAGUACCACCGCGUCUCCCUGGCCGAGGCCCACGCCUGGGUCAAGGCCCGGCGGCCCGUCAUCAGGCCCAACGCCGGCUUCUGGCGCCAGCUCAUCGAGUACGAGAGGAAGCUCUUUGGCAGGAACUCCGUCAAAAUGGUGCAAACGCCCUACGGGGUCGUUCCGGACGUGUACGAGAGGGACCGGCGGAACCUGGUUCCCCUCUGGGGCAUGUAGGGCAGCGGGUAGAGAGAGAGAGAGAGAGGGAGAGAAAAAAAAGAGGGGUGGGGGGUGGGCAAACGGAAAGGGAGGGGGGAAACGAGCCUGCUUGGGUCAGAGUCGGCGAGCGUCUGUCCGUCUGUCUGGGGUUCUUGCGAGUGACGGAUGGGCUGAGUGAUGGACGAUGGAUUACCUGGCGUUGACAGCGGUGAAGCAGGGUCGUAUUACAGGAGAGGAACGGCACCGGGAUCAUUCGGUCCUCAGGAACAUUCAAAAAAAUGUGUGUGCGUGUCUGUGUGUGUGUGUGUGUGUGUGUGUGUGUGUCUGUGUGUGUGUCUAUCUGUGCGUGUGGAGCACUAGAGGCUCAGGCGACACUCAUGACGAAGUGACACAGACGCCUUCCCUACUUUAGUUUCCUGUGAUGGUGAUGUUGCGCAGUCUUUAUUGUGGAAGGGAAGAAGUGGGUCAUCUUGUCACGGUUAUUUCAAAGAAUUCCGGUAGCACCCAGGACAAUAAAUACCAUAGAGACACAUUUAGACAGUCAAUGCUUUUCGGAGUAACGUAAUAGAGAAGUUGAUGCGUAAAAGUUUGGCUUAAAAAAUGUUAAAAACUAUGUAAGUGUGUGUCUAAAUCUAAAAUCUUAUUAAUUAUGAUAAAAAACCUUUUUCUCCCCAGUCUCAUUCAAUGAAGAAAUAUAUAGAGCAUUGACAGUGCCGAUUCAUCCAGUGACAUUUAUUUCUACCAUCUGUCUACAAGUCUCCAGCCUGCUUCAGCCAACUGUUGAACUCAGCCAGCUAUCUUUUUGGAAGGAAACUGAGUUUUUCCUUUUAAUUUCCAAAAUAAUCACUACUGACUAAUACAUUUGCAGGCUUUUCGUACAUUUUAAUUUCACUGAACGGCAUACUGCUAUGGUUGGUAGAGAAUCAGGGGUUGUGAAAGGACAUUUUGAAACUGAGCGUAGAUAUAGUUUUCUAACAGAAUGACUAAGUAGAAACAUAGAAAUGUAUAAAGAAAGCUUUCCAUCUUUGUAAUUUCUUUCAUUAUUAGUAGUAAUCAUUUUCUAAUUAUUAUUCUAAUUAGCAUUUGGUAUAAUACUUUUCUUCCUGCAAACUGAAUUUCGUUUUUUCUUUGCUUAUUAGCAUGUUCACAUUAUGAAUCAAUGCAGCAUUAACUCACAAGUUGUAUGACACUGUGUAAUUCACUCUACAGAACAGGAUUUUGGGUAUCUUGGGAACUGUUCAAUGUUGCAGUGAUAUUACUCAUUUACUCUAGCACUUAGCUGAAAGGGUUUUCAUUUUAUUUUUUUAUUUUUUUCCUGGCAAGGAUAAAAGCACAUACUGAAUGAAAGUACAUUUUAUUUUAAGGCACCUGAAUUCAGAGAUGUGAAAUUAAAAAGAUACGUAUAUUAAAA